AUGAGCAAAUCUACCAACAAGAACCAACAACUGCCUCUGGCUGGCCCAGAACAAUCCCCAUCUUCGAGCAACGACUCAAGUUCAGGCCACGCCCAGAAGCGACUGAUCGCUCCCGAAGACGAGCAAGCGAUGAAAGACGCCAUCGAGAAAAUCUUCACCGACCUUCCAGACGCACGGACUGUUCCAAGCCUGAAGAGCGCACUCAUCUCUGCAGGCACCUACAUCCUCAGCGAAGGCGUCGUAGACUACCCUCUUCCCACCAACGGUAAGUUUCGUGCCCUGCUCGACGACGACACGAUCUGGUGGAACAUCGCCGCCAUUGGCAACUUGAUCCCAAUGUACGAUGGCUUUCGAGGGAUCGAAUGGGACGAGGCAAGAGAAGACAGCUGGGAAUUGGUCGUCGACUCUACCUACGAAGUGCUUCAUGAACUUUGGAAGCAGAACCCAUACCACGUCUGGUACGGCGAAGAACUCCUCCAAGCUGUCCAAGAGAGAUUGCUGCAGAAGGUGACGGUGCUUCAACUCAACGUGCCCAGCAUUGCUCUGCUGAAGACUCUUGCCGUGGAGAAUCAGCAUCCACAUGCCCGCCUUUUAACGUUUAUGCUUCAAGUGUGUCGUGAUCAUGCCAAUGUCAAGAUUUUUGGUGUAGAGGGCUGUGGGCAAGCUGUAGAUGAGGCACUCGCUGCCAAGUCCCCGCCUUCUGCAGUCAAACGUGCUCUCGACAGGCUGCGAGCCAUCAGUACUUCGCCCCAAACAUGA